AAUGUGUCGGCCCAAGCCCAUACGGGAGGGAACUCUUGCGGAAUGAUUAAAAACUCCAUCACCACCAUCCAUCGGAGCUUAUCCCCAUUUCACAGAGAGAGAACAGCAGCUGCCCAGCGCGCACGCACACUCCCCUACUUCUUCUCAUCGAUCAUCAAUCGCAGACCGCAGAGAGAUCAGCAAUGCCGGGCCCUGUCGUUGAUGCCGAGACUGAGGAUAAGUUCAAGUCCCUUCCCUCUGCCGACGAAGAGCCCAAGAAGAAGCCCCCGCUGAACGAUGAACCAGUCGUCGAGGACGUUAAGGACGAUGACCACGACGAAGACGAGGACGACGAUGACGACGAAGAUGACGAGAAGGACAAUGGGGACCAGGGUGCAAAUGGGAGUUCGAAGCAGAGUAGAAGCGAGAAGAAGAGUCGCAAAGCAAUGUUGAAGCUGGGCAUGAAACAUGUUACGGGUGUCAGCAGGGUCACCAUCAAGCGAACAAAAAAUAUAUUAUUUUUCAUCUCAAAGCCCGAUGUCUUUAAGAGCCCAAAUUCUGAAACCUAUGUCAUAUUUGGGGAGGCGAAGAUAGAGGAUUUGAGCUCACAGUUGCAGACGCAAGCUGCUCAGCAGUUCAGGAUGCCAGACAUGGCAUCUGUGAUGGCGAAAUCAGAGAAUGCUGCGGGUGCUAAUGGAGCACCUACAGACGAGGAGGAAGAAGAGGUUGAUGAGACUGGGGUGGAACCCCGCGACAUUGAUUUGGUGAUGACGCAGGCUGGGGUGUCAAGGAGCAAGGCUGUAAAGGCUCUCAAAACACACAAUGGAGAUAUUGUCAGUGCUAUAAUGGAGCUGACAACUUAGGUGAACAAUAAGAGCACAGCAGACUCCUACUUUCUGAUGAGUUUUUUGUUUCCCGCACUAAUGGCAAUGGCAUCAUAUAUCAUCCUUGAAUUGGCUCACCAUAGUUCAGGUGGCUGAAUCAUCCUCUCCUUUUUAUGUGUUUCAACUGAGCUUGGAUAACUUCUGUAACACAGAGGGUGUGUGGUAUUUAAUCCACUAGUCAAUUUUCUGGUAUUUUUAAUGUUCCAUUUAUUAGCACUUGCUUCUUGUCUUCGUAUGAGAAUAUUUGCUAUGUCUGUGUAGAGAUCACAUUUGGCCAAUAUUUUGUUGCAGGCAUGGAUUUAUUAUGUGAUUAAUAGGCUCAUCACGCCGUGUUCUUUGUAA